AUGUCGAGAAGCCAGGAAGACGAUUGGAUUGAUGAGGUGCAGCACAACGAGGGCUUUGUCGUGGACGAGACUAAAAGUGGAUUGGAAAUUCCCAACCGACAAGUAACUUAUCGUCGCGCUAUUGUGGGGGCGCAAUUCAUGACAUCACAUUUCGACUCGCAGACAGAAGACUUAUUUGAAGCACACUCGUCAAAAAAUGUCAAGUUCUCGACUAACUCAGCCACGCUUCAAGACCUGGAAUAUAAAUUACCAAGUGUCGGCUCUAUGCAAACAAAGUCCGAGCACUUUGACCACAAUUCUGUUAAAGUGGCAGGAAAGUCGCGGAUAUUGAUGCCAACUGAAGAAGUUCCCGACGCUUCAGAAGUGGGAUAUCAUCAGGUCAACCCCAUGUUCGAGUCGUGCGCACCUGCCGAUGUGAUCUAUCACUCACUGCACGAGGCAAUGAGAGCACUAGACAUUGAAACUUCGUGUAGCCCGGACUGGACGAUGGACGGUUAUGCGCUGAUCGAAGCCGAAGAAUUGUAUUUCAGCGUUCAUUUGCAUCGUUUGGCAAUAAAAUCGACCAUUCGCGUGGAUUUUAACUUGCGUUCGGGCGAUGAGCUCAAAUUUCUUGGAUUGACUGACCUCAUCCGACAAAGGUGCAGAGCAAUCGACAAAGACAUGAUCAGUUUGCCUGAGCUUAGCUUUGAUAUCAUGGCCGACUGGUCAUCGCCUGAAAAGCUUGUUUCAAAAUCUCACGUGGAAGAUUCACAGGAGCUUUCGAUGCUACUUCUUGAUUUAAAUUCCGAGACUUCGCCGUCCACGCGAUACCAAGUCGCUAAACGCUUAAAAGAGUUUUGUAAACACGACUUAAACCGUCGUGCACUUGUGAACUUGCUCAAGGAGCAGUUUGUCAUUGGUUUGCAGUCGAUGCUUCAGGAUGUUGAUGAGGACAUCGUGCGAUUUGCCAUUUUUACUAUUUUGAGUUUUGCUGACGAUGUAUCAUCUCCUAACGACUUGGAGCUGCCCCAUUUGCCUGAAACACUUCGUGGCAUCCUAACCAUUUCGCAAAAAGAUUCAACAAAGAAACUUGCCGGCGAUCUUUACAAAACCAUUUGCGCCGUCUGUUAG